CUUGCUUGAACCUGCUGAAGAAGAGCCUCUUGGAACCCGCCUUGGAAGCCCUGGAAACUCACUCCGCAGUUGAUCGGGCGAGGGGCAAGACUAGACUGGAUUGCCAGAAUGGGGAUGGAACACAGCGAAUCAGAUCCUGCUGUCAUUACGGUGUUUUUCUGGAACUUUCUCCCCCAGAUUUUCCCGUUUUAGUUGGAAGGUUUGCUUGAAGCCUGCAAAUCUUCACGUGCCUUCCCCAGUACCGCCCAUGUUAUUUUGAGCGAAAAUCCACCCCUGUAUUUCUUUUUUUUCCCCUUUUUUUCUUUGUGCCUGCUCGCUCUCUUUCCCCUCUCGAGUUUCGCGAGUUCCGCGGUCGCCCCCUUCGACCCUUUAAAUUUAAUUCACCACUUAUCCAUCUCAGCCUUCCAAUAGAGCCUCGCGCUCAGCAUUCUGUGCCUGGCCUGGCUUAAACUUCAUGACGGGCCCUAAGAACGCUGGUGGCGUCGAGCCGGCGGCUCAAAAUGCGGGUGGCGCCAGCCUGGGCAAAUCCUCCAUGGUGACAAAGAGCGAGAUAUUUGAGAGUGCGAAAUUGGCAGCUGACAAGGAGCAGCGGAUGACCCUGCUACAGGGGCUGAAGCUCUACCCAAAAGCAGCUGCAUGGAGUGUGCUCAUCUCAACCUGCAUUGUUAUGGAAGGCUAUGAUAUUUGUUUGGUGAACAAUUUCUACGCUUUCCCUCAGUGGAACGAGAAAUAUGGAGUCCGAUACGGGAAUGAAUACCAAGUCCCUGCCAAGUGGCAAGCAGCUCUUAGCAAUGGUGCAGUCGUCGGUGAAAUUAUAGGGCUAUUUAUCAACGGCUGGGCUUCUGAACGCUUUGGUUACCGAUAUACGAUUCUAACCUGUCUGUUGUUCCUUUCCGGGUUGAUUACGGUAUUCUUCACUGCACAGAAUGUGGAGGCCUUGUUGGUAGCUGAGAUCCUUUGUGGUAUUCCAUGGGGCGUUUUCCAGACCCUGUGCAUCACCUACGCUACUGAAGUCUGUCCCGUUGCUCUGCGGAGCUAUCUUACGACUUACAUCAAUUUCUGCUGGGGUCUUGGCCAAUUCAUUGGAAUUGGAGUACUCAAAGCCCUGUUGAGCCGACCUGAUGAAUGGUCAUACCGAAUCCCGUACGCAUUGCAAUGGAUGUGGCCCCUCCCAUUGGCUCUGGCGAUUUUCAUGGCACCAGAAUCUCCGUGGUGGUUGGUGAGAAAGGGCAGGACUGAGGAAGCAAAACGUGCCCUCCUUCGGCUAACGAGUUUGAAUCGGGAAACGGACUUCGAUGCCGACGAGACAAUUGCAAUGAUUGUUCACACCACAGCAUUAGAACAGAAAAUUACCAGCGGUGCCAGCUAUCUCGACUGUUUCAGGGGAGUUGACUUGCGCCGGACGGAAAUUGUUUGUAUGGUUUGGGCGAUCCAGAAUCUUAGCGGAAACUCAUUCUCCAACUAUUCUACAUACUUCCUCGAACAGGCUGGUGUGUCGACUGUACAUUCCUACUCCUUCGCCAUGGGCCAAUACGGAAUCAACAUGAUAGGCGUGUUCGGUGCAUGGGUUCUCAUGUCUCGCGGCAUUGGCCGAAGGACCCUUUACAUGUUCGGUCUGUGCGGUCUCUGUGUCAUGCUUUUGGUAAUGGGAUUCCUUGGCCUUGUUCCCGAGAGCAACCGCAACAGUGGCGCGCUGGCAACCGGAUCCAUGAUGCUGGUCUGGGCUUUGGUCUACCAACUCACUGUCGGCACAGUCUGCUACUCUCUUGUGGGCGAACUUUCGAGCCGGCGUUUGCAGAUCAAGACCGUCGUGCUGGGAAGGAUUUUAUACAACAUAGCGGCUAUCUUCUGCAACGUGUUGACUCCAUACAUGUUGAACCCAAGUGCGUGGAAUUGGUCUAACUAUGCGGGAUUUUUCUGGGGUGGUGUGUGCUUCUGCUGUAUCAUUUACACGUAUUUCCGUGUCCCGGAGCCGCGUGGCCGGUCCUUUGCAGAACUGGAUAUCCUGUUCGAGCGUGGCGUUUCUGCGAGGCGAUUCCCUGAAACUGUAGUGGAUGUUUUCGAAGAGGACGUACAGGCCGAAGUGCUCGCUGGUUAUAGGAGAGCCUCAGUAAGCCACUCUAUAGAACCACAGGACGACGAGAAACCGACACACCACGCUCAGACGGCGUUGUAACCGUGCGAAAGACGUCCAGGGUGCAUAACGUAGGGAAGUGAUGAGAGAUAUCCGAAAUUUCCUAGAAAUCCACCACAUACAUUUUACUCUCAUCCACCAUCCACACUGCUCGCAUUCUACAUCGCCCGUACGCACUUUGGGUGGCUCAUUAAUUGUCUUCCGAGUAUGUACUGUACCUACGUAUUGACUUUGUAUAUAAGCGCCCAUGAACACCAAGCAGGCAAACUAAUGAUUAUUUUCUCUUUUCACUCUCUAUCUCUCUCUCGCACACAGCGUACUUCUUCUUGUGUUCAUUAGCUAUUCCCGAUUUGAAGUAGCCUUAGGUGUCGAUUGUCCCACUCUGUGUAAGUACCAUAAAUGUAAUUCAGAUAACUACAUAAUUUCAGAGUUACCAGCACUGGUAAUACGGAUAAACACCUCCCAUCUGCCGAAAGGGGGGUUGGGAAAAAUAAGGUCUACCGAGCCUUCCCACCCGGCUCUCAUUUUGCUACUUUCGAGAUUCUUAAUGGGAGGGCUACUAUGUAGAUAUUCUGCUUUCACAUCCUGGUGAGGCUGAGAAGCCAUGCUGAAUCAUCGCCUCAGCUCGCUGCCAGAACGUGCAACGUUUCCAUCCCUGAUAGGCAAAAAUACGUAAUCCGCUGACAAACUUCUGCCUCUUAAAUGGACAAAAUUCCCUGCAGGAGAGGCGGUGUUCUAAAUUUAAAUAUUAAAAGAAACAGGAGAUUGAAGUAAGAUAAAGGCGGGCAGCCUGUCCCUCCCUGCAAGGAAGAAUGAAAUCGUGAGCAAGGUUAUUAAUAUGAAGGGCAACAUAACUGAUGUAUGAUAAUUUUUCUAUCGUUCCCCAAACAUAAUUGUUCCCUCCUCUCCUGCUACACGAAACAAAGAUAUCAUGACUAUCAGUUCAACCUCCAGCCGAUGCAAUAAGCCAAAGCCCUUUUCACCCUGUCUCCUCCUCCUACUCCCGUACGAGCUACGCCAUCAAAUAUACAACGCGAGCUUGACUGCCAGUCAUCCCAUAGACCGACCCCCAUAACAAGCGACAAACCUCCCUUAGCCCUUCCCUCCUCGCAACAUGCACGCAAAUACAUGACGAAGCGACUCCGGUUCUCUACAGGGAGAACGAGUUCAUCCUCCGUAACAUACCGCGUGAUACCAUAUGGCUCGAUGAAAUCGGAGCCCGAAACGUCUCACUUCUGAAACGCGUGCAGUUUUUCGUCGAUGGGGGUCCGAUAAUCAUAACCGAAUUUGGCGGGGUGGUGAGUGACGGUCAGGAACAGCGCUUACGGGCUCUGCUGCGCCGAUUAACCAGGGAUGCGAAGGGGUUGAGGUACCUUCGUGUUCGUUUGGCUGAGUUGGGUGAGAAGGAUUAUGAGUGCUAUGAAUGUGAUGAGGAAGGGUAUGGGAUGCAGCCGAGAUGGGGAUGGAGAGAAGAUAGGCAGUUCAUGUUGGAGGUAGGGAGGAUGAGCGGGUUGACGGAGCUUGUGCUUGAUGGGGCGUUUGAAACGACCUGGAUGGGAUAUUUGAGGAAGCAAAUGGGUGAUAAAGUAGAGGUACUGUACAAUACGUGAGUUGUGACAGUAGUGGAUGAGUGACUGAGGGCUCUUUCAUCGAGCGUAUUUGGUUGGAAAGUUGGGUUAUAUAGCCCAAAUGCAGAGGAGUGGUUGGUUCCGAUUUGUUAUGUAAAAUCAGCAAAGGAUGACCGUCAGGUUGUGCCAUGCUGCUUGGUGUUUUCGAAACGCGAAAUCCUCGCUGGCUAGCAUCUCCUACUGGAUGAACCUCCACUAUCAACACAAAGCACUCGGGGCCCUGCUGUUGGGGGUUUUAUUUUUCAUUUUUAUAUGAGCCGGAUCUCUGUAGGAUAUCAUUGAGAUGAGGAGUUUGAGCCUUCAGAUACUUCAGAUACUUCAACGGCUCUUGAAGUACAGGAUCUGAGAUGAAUACAAUGAAC